ACAAAUUCUCCUGUCUUUUGAUCUCUUCGUCGCCAUGGAGGGAAUGGCAUCCCUUCGCCACCUUCCCGUCCCCCGACCCAGAGCGGCCCGGGAACUCGAUGAUCAUCUCCGAUGCCGGAGACUGGACGAGGAGCCUCAUUCGCCGCGCGCAGGCGCAGGCGCAGCGCCUCCACCAGCACAACGCUCUUCUUUCCACUGUGACUACUUGCCAACAGCCAGACGCGCAGAUGCAGAUGCGGUUCUGGGUCAAGAGCUCGCCGAAAGCAGGCGUCCUCAGCCUCUCCGCCAUCUUCCCGCGCGUCAUCCUCCUCACCACCGGGUCCGGCAUAGGCCCGUGCCUGUCCUCUCUUCUCGAUCGACCAGCUACGCAAUUCGCGCGGCUGAUCUGGAGCACGCGGUCGCCGAUUGAGACCUACGGAGAGGCGUUGUAUGAGACAGUUCUGCAUACGGAUCCGGACGCGCUGGUCAUCGAUACGACGAGCAUGGAGCGCCCGGACCUAGUCAGUGUGGCGUGGCGGAUGUACCAGGAGGUAGACGCGGAGGCUGUGUUUGUGCUGAGUAACGCGGCGGUGACGCGGAAGGUGGUGUAUGGGCUUGAGAGUAGGGGUGUGCCUGCUUUUGGGCCUAUUUGGGAUUCUUGAGUCACCUGUUCAGGCGAAAAGGGGGGGCUUCGUGUACUGCAUACGUUUUGACGGUCUUCAAUGUAAACUCUGCAUAGUAUCAUAUCUAACUGUUGCUCCACUCUACC